GCGAGGCGGGGCUGGAUUGACCGAGGUGGGUGAAAGGCAGCGGGGCAGACACGGCAGAAGGUCCCCCGCGUUGGCCACAUGUCGCGCAGCGGAGCGGGUCCCGAGCGGCGCCAGCAGGCGUCAGAGGCGGACGCCACCGCCCCGUUCCUGGCGAGCGAGCAUCAGCAUAUCCGCUACAACCCGCUGCAGGAUGAGUGGGUGCUGGUGUCAGCUCACCGCAUGAAGCGACCCUGGCAGGGGCAGGUAGAGCCCUCGCUUCUGGAGACAGUGCCCCGCCAUGACCCCCGCAACCCUCUGUGUCCGGGGGCCACACGGGCCAAUGGGGAGGUGAAUCCCCACUAUGAUGGCACCUUCCUGUUUGACAAUGACUUCCCAGCUCUGCAGCCUGAUGCCCCCAGUCCAGGACCCAGUGAUCACCCUCUUUUUCAAGCAAAGGCUGCUCGAGGUGUCUGUAAGGUCUUGUGCUUCCACCCCUGGUCGGAUGUGACACUGCCACUCAUGUCAAUCCCUGAGAUCCGGACUGUCAUCGAUGUGUGGGCCUCAGUCACAGAGGAUCUGGGUGCCCAGUACCCUUGGGUACAGAUCUUUGAAAACAAAGGAGCCAUGAUGGGCUGUUCCAACCCUCACCCCCACUGCCAGGUGUGGGCCAGCAGUUUCCUGCCAGAUAUUGCCCAGCGUGAGGAGAGAUCUCAGCAAGCCUAUCAGAGUCAGCAUGGAGAGCCUCUGUUAAUGGAAUAUGGCCGCCAGGAGCUGCUCAGGAAGGAACGUCUGGUCCUAACCAGUGAGCACUGGUUAGUGCUGGUCCCCUUCUGGGCAGUGUGGCCCUUCCAAACACUGCUGCUCCCCCGCCGGCACGUGCGGCGGCUGCCCGAGCUGACCCCCACCGAGCGUGAUGAUCUAGCCCUCUACUCCAUGGGCUGGCACGGGGCUCCCACAGGAUCAGAGGCCGGAGCCAACUGGGACCACUGGCAGCUGCAUGCUCAUUACUACCCUCCACUCCUGCGCUCUGCCACUGUUCGGAAAUUCAUGGUUGGCUACGAAAUGCUUGCCCAGGCUCAGAGGGACCUCACUCCUGAGCAGGCUGCGGAGAGACUGAGGGCACUUCCUGAAGUUCACUACCGCCUGAGACAGAAGGACAGGGAGACAGCAGCCGUCGCCUGACCAUGCUGACCCCAAGGCUUUCUGCCUGAGAGAACCAGAGCCUAUGGUUUGGGCAGAUGUGGGAUUAAUAAAACUGUACUUCUCAAGCUUUAAUCACAUAUUCUAAUGCCAGAGGAGUGUGAACUCUAACCCUCGGGAGUCUGGGUUAAAGGCUGAAGGCACAGCUUCAACCACAACUUUUCUUUGUCUACAGAUGUGCAAAAACUUAAGGAUAAAAAUCUUCCCUCAAUCUCUGAACAAAAUUAGCACUCAGUAUUAUGUCUUGUUUAUGGAUUCUCUUAAUUCCUGGAGUAACGAAAGCAUCCCAAUUUAAGAAAACGAUUAAAACUCCUGUGUGCUUGU